GUUAUAUUUUGCGAUGUUCCCUCAUGUAACAGCUGUGCCUUCUUUAUUUAUAACCAUUCUCUGAUUUUGUAACACUUCAUUUUUCACUACAUUUUAUGUUGUUUUAUAUUACUGCUAAUGGCAACACUGCUCAUAUUAACAUCCCUUUUCCAACGCUUCCGAUUAUUUGUAAAGUGGAAAGCUUUUGUGGAACGUACGCAGAAGAUAAACUUUUAUGCGCAACUCAGCCAAAAAGUGGGCUAUGGUUAAAGCAAGAAAGGGCGGCCAGGUAUUCUCGCACAUAGCUCAUCUUCGCUAUUCUCAGUAUAUUUGCUGCACUCUUAUUCUCUUUGAUUUCUAUUAAAAUUGGCAACUCCUCUGUCAGCAAAUGAGAGCAGGGCUACACACAAACACAGUUUUGUAUACAUCGCUGCUUUCGUUUCCCAUUGAUAUCCGUGCUUGCCUUUCCAAUUUUGCGCCAUCUGCAAUUGUAGCGCAGUCAGUGCCAUUUGGGGCCAUCAGCUAAGAAGCAGGGUAGUACGGUGUAUCCUGCAACGCGCAUUCGUUAAACAAAUCAAAUGAAAUAAUUGUAAUUAAAAAAUGCUCCAGAUAACAAUAAAUGGUCAAAAACUACUUAAUCCGUGAUCUACAUAUUUCCCCGUUUUCCAUGCCUUACUGCGAAAUAUUCACAUUCACAGUCAGUCGCACAAAAAAAUCGAAACGAAGCGAUUGAUUCUUGCACAAGAACCGACUUAUACGACGACAAUUGAAAGAAAAUUCAAGUGUGAAAAAUGUCUAUGCAUGCAAAAGUUAAGUGGACCAAAAGUAUCGCAUUGCGUAUAGAUAUUGCAUAUUGAAUAUGGAAUUUUUUCAAUCGCUAAAUAAUCGUGUAUGUUCUAUCUAUAAAUUUGAAUUUACUACAAUUAAAAAUCGGCAUAACAAUAGUUAAAUAAUUAAUGUGGCAUAUUUUUUAUAUUAAAUCUCUAAUGUUGAGGCUAUGAAAAGGCAAAGUGUAAAUAAUUUACGUAAAAAACAUUAUAUAAUUUAUAGCAAGUAAAAGCAUAGAUGCUCUCAUACUUCCUAUUCGCUUUUUGAGUUGUAUUGCAGUCAUAUUUCCGUCCUGGACUUACGUAAAACGUUCGGAGGCAGUCUGAGUUUUGAGAAAGGAAAAAUUAUAUUGAUAUAAACUAAAAAUUUAAUUUGACCCUCAUAUCGUAGAAUGUGCGGAUGCAUAUUAUUUAAAAAAAUUACGAGUGCCUAACAAAAUGUGAGUUCAAGAAAAAAUGUUUAAAACUCAAUAAAAAAACAUGGAACUUUGAAUGUGAAAUAAUUUACAAUUAUUCAUUCUAUUAUAAUAAACUACUACACAUAAAAAGUAAAAAAAAAGAAUAAAUAAUUUCUUCCCCCAAUAUCCUUCCUGAUUUGGCCCCUUACUAUAAAAUAUCUACAACGACAGUUAAGUUGAAUUAUAUAAAAAUUUUGUGGAUAUACGGAUUUUCAUAUUUAGGCGCUGUUCGUAUAAGUUCGUUCGCAGUUCGUUUCGGUUCUAAAACGCUUCGUAUUCUUCUUUCGGCUAUACGUGUAACCCAGAGUUUCGUAGUUACCUUUCGUUUUCAUCUGUCGGUUGUAGUUGCCUUUGUUAGGUUCAUCAGUACUUUGGUGAUUUACACAUCUUGUUCUUAAAGUGAACAUAUCUCCAUUUUUAUUGAGUUCCUUUCAAAAUGAGCUGAACACUUCGGUAUUGGAUCACAAAAAUUUCAUUUGGUAAGUUGUGGUGCGGGAAAGUGCAUUGGAAUAAACUGAGAUGAAUCGAGUUGAGUAACGAAAAUGAAAAAGCAAUGUGGGCAACACUCGGGUAUCGAUGAGAAAAAUAAUUGUGUUUCCUUGUGCAUCAAGUCUCAGUGAGUUAAAUUUAUGCCAAGUUUCUCGGGUUUUUGCUACAAUAAUUGAAGAGAAAAAAACGCUCUCCCGACCCUUGCAAAAGUAUAGUUAAAACCAAUUGGAAAUAAAAAUGGAUAAAUGCGCGUGCCAAAGAGAAAACGUUACUACCACACUCGUCUAUACUAACUAUAAAUGUUUUAAAUAAAAGCCCAAGAAGAUAUUUAGCGUUUAUUUGCCCCCAUCAAUGUGUAAAUUUCAAUUGAAAAAGAACAUCUAACAUUUUCGUGCGAUUUAGGCUUUUCGAGUGAUCAAAGUAUAAUAAAAUAAUGAGUUUCCACAAAAUUCAAACAAAAAUGAAGUUUGUCAGUGUUGAAUAUAAUAUGUAGUUUCAAGGUUAAUCGCGUUUACAAGAGAACUACACAUAAGUAUGAGCACACUACGACUGCUCGAACUGCUUGUGGGAAUAUGCCGACACAAUUCCGUCUCUCGUUUAGCACAACUCAUUCUUAAAUGCCUGCAGUUUCUAAUUUUGGGUACUUAUCGAUCGAUUAUUCUUAACAGUUUUUGUUAGUGUCAAUGUUAAUGCAACAUAUCAUCGUCAACACUUAAAAUUUCGCACCUACAAUUUUGGAUUUCGAGUAACGACACCAAUUAACACAUAUGUAUACACCUAAUUACAUAUUUGCAUAAAAGUGCCGAUUAACGGUAUGCUGAGCGCUGCUGAAACCGCAAAUAAAAUUUUAUGCUGUAUAUGCUGGGAGUUGAAAAUAACAGUUUUGGUUACAGCCUUCCUCCUAAAAGAGGUCUCACACGAUUGGACUACGGCUAUUAAUAAAUAUUAAUUUUAUGAAUAGUUCAAUUAACAUAUAUACUUAUGUUUGUAUGUAUAUCGCGUAUAUAGCAGAGUAAAAUAUUCGUAUAAUCGGCGAAGUUGUAACCAUCUGUUCCAGAGUACUAUCACCAAUAACACAAAGAAAAUAUGAUGGGGCCAUGAGCCCGUCAUUAUUUGUAUUAAAUCCGAGUCGCAAGCGCGUCUCAAGCGGGCCUGCACCAUGCUAGCACCGCCGAACCCGAGGUCAAUAUGCGGCCAGGACCCGGGCUGGUCGUGAUGGCGCUUGCGUUUAUUUCGGGGGCUCGGCGUGGCAGCACCAGCACCAGUUCCAAAUCAUCAUCAUCGGCCACAUCAUCAUCAUCACCACCGGCUUUUUUCACCUCUACCGCAUCCGAUAAUGAUCUUGAACCUCUGACACCUUCUCUGAUAUUUCCAGCCUUCCUCGGUGGAGGCGGUGUGCUAACAUCAGCUAAUUCACCAUCAUUAUCUAAUCAUCCUCUACAAGAUUCGGAAGGAGAAAAUCGCAAAGAGGAUUAUAACUACAUAUACAAUAGCCACAUAAACUUGCUCCCACUUGCAUCGGCAAGUGAUAGAUCAGUCCAAAGCGAUCAGCAUCUUCGGUUGGAAACUCUAUCUGGCUUAAAAUCGUCUUCCCGUGCAACUAGACAAACGAGAAUAAUACGAAGUUUAAAAAUAGGUAAAAGAAAACUAAACGAAAACAGACACGAAACCGAAGUCGAACGCGGGCGCGAUCGGGAAAGUGACAGCGUGGGUAACUCGGAAAGUGUGAUAGAUUCUGAAAGUGGUAGCGGUAGUGGAAUAUACGAUGUUGAUGACAUCAUCUCAAAUGUGGAAGCGAAAACUAGCGCCAGUCUUUUAAUUGAUGAUACCGCCGUCAAUAUAAAUACUGAAAAAAUUUCCCUACGAUAUCCUACAAAUUCUGCAGAUACAUCACAAUCUUUGGACGAGGAUGAUAUCUUAGCGUUGGUAGCCGAGGAUGAUCUUCUAUCGGAAGAAUCAUUUGAUCGACUCACGAAAUUCACAGAUGACAAAAUUGGUUAUGUCAUUGUUGAUGAUUAUGAUGUCGUAAAUGAGGACACAACUAGUGGUGUGAGUGAGGGCUUUUUAACUAAUGCUCCUGAAAAGAAACUACAAAAACCGCGGGACGUCAAAUACUUUAAAAAUGAGAAUAGUGCUGGCAGUGAAAAUGGUACUGAAGAUCACUAUAAUUUUCAAAAUGAACAAGAACAUAGAAAUGAAGAAGAAAAAACUAAUGUAAAUGCAAACCUAAAUAAAAACGGAAAAAAUUUCGUGGUAAAUAAAGAAAACAACCAAAAUAAUUUACCGGUGAUUGUCGAUACUUCGUUUGCGGCCGAGUUUAGUGAAAAUGGCUUGAGUCACACCAUUGCGACGGAUAAUGAGAGCAAUACUCGAAAUAUAAAUUGGUCAAUAUUCGAAAGCGAGUCUCCACUGACUCGACUUAAUCCCUGGAUAUCUGCUUGUGACCUAGCACAACCUGGUACGGCACCAGAUUUACAGGGUCAAUGCUCCGCUGGUACAUUACCAGUAGCGUGGGUUGAUGAGGGUCCCGGCCCUCCAACUUGCCCAAUUUCGUGUGAAAAAUUAAAGAUGAGUACAGUGACGAAAUUGAAAACUAAAUCUUAUAAUAAUAACAGUAAUCUAAUGAAUAAUUAUAAAGUAAAUAUUAAGACACCUAUUGGUAACCUUAAGGAUACCGCAACAAUAAUGAAAGUUCGUCGCGACUUAAAUAAAUGGAAUAGCAACGACAGCAAUCAAACUUCUUAUGGUGGCGAAAUGUCGAUUAGCACAAAAAUAUUGAAACAGCCCGAAAAGCAAAUGCUCUCUACUACACCUAUUCAAGCAAGUUCGUUUCAAGAUCAGCCACCCGAUUUCCGCAAACGAGAGAAUUUUGUGAAAAGUAAUACAAAUGAGGGCGAAACUGGAGCAUCAUAUAAAUAUCCCGACCAUAACCCAGUUGGAUUAAAAUACAAAAAAAAUGCUGCCCUUGCAUUCAACAACAAAGAAAAGAAAGAAUAUUUCGAUUACAUAGAGCAACCACAGCAACAGAAGGAACAACAGUGCCUUGAUUACUUGGGCGAUACAGAGGAUACAAGUCCGGCUCACUUGUGUACAUUCAAAUCGCCCGGCGAAUUGGCGGAUCGACUGCGUUCACUACGUUUACGGCAUUGUUGUGAGCGCAAUGUCUUUAGCGCCCUACAUACUCUCGCUUUAAAUGCCACCCUAAGUGGUGGAGUAGAAUGCGUUCGCACUCUCAUGGAUGUUAUGGACUUAGAUCUAUUGGCUACUCGCAUCACUUGUGAACUAGCGGAAAUUCUUUUUCGCUUCGAUUGCCGUCAAGUGUAUUCAUUAAUUCACCAAUGUGAGGAUUGUAAAGAGUCUUACCGACGUUGGGUAUGUAGCACCUUGGUACCAUAUUUUGCUGAAGAAGGUGACAUUUCUGUAUCCCCAAGUUAUAACAAUAAUCGAAACAGCAGCAAAAGUAACAGAGUGAACAAAGAAAAUAGUAAUCAAACUUUAGUUAAGGACAUUACUACAAAUAAAACUAGUUUAUUGCUUCCUAACCUAAAUUACCAGAAUGAAUUGAAAGACUUUGCAAAUUCAAAUAGGGGUUCAGUACAACGAACCAAACGCCAAAUGAACCAAAAUCUGGCAUUUUCAAAUACAUCUUCGAUUGACAACAAUAUAGUUGCACCUAUUAGAAACCUCACGUCCACGGUUUGGAAACGGAGUAAACGAAAUAUGGAUGACGAAUGCAACCGGCACCAACAUCAACCGCAACAGGGGCAACAAAUGCGUUCACAACAACUUAAACAAUCCAAUAUCUUCAUAUCGACUGCCAUUAAUGCGGAUCCAUAUAAUGAGGAUCCAGUGAUAUCAAAAAUAAUUAAACGAUCUAAACGAAAGGUGAUAUUCCGAAAGCGUAGAAGAAUACGACCCUGCCUAAGUGUCUGCCAAACGGUAGAGCAGAAGUGCCCAUAUCUGCUCCCAGCUGAUCGAGCUCCAGCGCUGCCUACACAAUACGCCGGCGAACCAACAUUUCUUUGUUUGGAUCAGAGCAUACCAGAAACUGGUGAACAAUUGCGUAAAUCAAGCUAUGGGCCUGCCGAAUGCUGUUAUAGCUACUGUAAUAACAUCGCAGAUGGAAUUUGUGCCUCUUGCAAUGAGUUCAUACAAGAUAAAGAGAAUUUUUCUCCGAUUGUAAGUUCAACUCCACGUUUACACAAUAUCACGCUAACGGCGACUGGCCAGUAUCGAUUGGAUGCCCGUUUGGAAGCAACCUUGGCGAAAGACUCGACGAAUAAAAUGGCUGCCAGCAUAUCAAUUGCACUAAAAAAUAGAUCAGCAACAGCCGUAAGUGGCCAAAUCGAUCGUUUACAAUAUUAUGCCCUCUAUGAUGGCAUCUAUUACUACGACGAGAACACGGCCGAUAUGCCUGAAGCCGCGAUCUCGGACGAUUGCCCACCAGUACCGUCGGUGACAAAUCGCUGUUCCAUACCGUACUACGCCUCAUCGGCGGUGGCCAUCCGCUUACAACAAAAAACAGUACCAAAAGAUGUAAGUGGACACCACAUGCUGUUAUUGCUCAGCGCAAUGCUGUGUUUGCUGACGAGUCAAACUGCCGCAAUUCAGUUAAAAAGUCAGACACACCCGAAUCAAAAGCUGCGUAAAUACAUACUGCAGAGUUCAAAGCAUUUUUAUGUCAGACAUUCCCCAUCUAGGGUGAGGUACAAACUUUCUUCAGCUAUAUUUGCAACAAAUGAAUUCAUUUACUUGGCUGAUCAUUCUGCCAUAAAACAAAAAAUUCAAAAAAUAGCCUGGACCGUCAGUUCGUUGGAAAACUUCACAGAACCCACCAUACUCUAUAUUAGUAGUGAUAUUUACGAAAUCAAUACGAGUAGCAUCAGUCGUAGCGUCCAUGAAUGUGGCAGAUUUAUACAUUGUUGCAUUGAGAAAAACCUCAAAAGUGGUAAUACUAAGUGUAAAAAUUCAAAAGAAAUCAAGCAAAGAAAUCAAGAAUUAAGUGGACAUCAAAAUCGAAAUAGAUUAGUAAGCGUAAAUAAAACUACAAAUGGUAAAUGGAAUGGGAAGAAAACAGCGUUCAGUACAGAAUAUGGUGUAUUAAAUCGAUUAAAUGAGAAUUGCAUUCGUAGUACUAAGUACAGGGGCUAUGUAAGGUAUAAUUAUGUUCAGAUGAAUAUAGGAAAUAAUAAUAAAAUUACUUAUAGAUUAAAUAGCCAAUUGUAUUUUAAUAGUAAUACUAAAAUCUAUCGUAGGAAAAAGAGUAGUAAAAUUAGAAAUUUUAAUAUCGCUACCAUCACAGACUAUACUAAAUAUCAUAAAAAUGAUGUAAUUGAAAUAACAUCAAAUUUAAACAAUUAUCUAAAAACAAAAGAAAACUUAAAUUAUUGCAAUUACACAAACAAUUGUAAGUCUAAUAAUAAGGAUAGCAUUGACAGAUUUUAUUUUAACAAUGCAGAAAAAAAUUAUCAGAUCAUUUACUACUAUAAUUUCAAUAUUAAUGAUUGGUGGCGGCGAUGGUGGCGGUCCCCAUGGACAUGGUCUACUCUGCGACAACCCCUUGUCAUAUUAUAGUUCCCCGUGCUGCCUUUUCAAAUAACAGCGUUUGAUGUCUCUGUAUUCGCAAGAUUUUCAUUUCAUGUUACUUUUCAUAAAACCCUUCACUAGUUUUUACAUUUUCCACAUAAGUGUGAACAUCUUGUCAUAAUUCUGGCUUUGUUCUUUAAAUUCAAGUUUUCAAAGCACUAUGAGUUUUGGCUGAAAAAGUAGUUGUCAGAAGUCUUGAUGGUUGCCUACAAUAUUAGGCAACAAGGAAGACAUUGAAAAUAUGAAAUACUUCUUUCUACUGGCGUUUAUAUACAUACCUACAUAUUCGUUACAUGUAUACAUGAAAUUAAUUUCCCUAGGAUAUGUUUAUUGUUUCUGUCCAUUUAUCACAUGAUUUUUUGCCAUACAUUGUUGUAGUUUGCAUUAUUCGGGCAGUAAAAAUUCAGUAGUUAUAAACUACUUCAUAACUAGGAGAAAUCAUAAUCCUAACCAGUCAGCUCACUUUUUCCCAUACAAGUACUUAUAUAUGUAUAUAUAAAGACAUAAAUUUGUAAAAUCAAUAGAUUUGUAAUUGAUUAAGCCAAAUAUUUUUCGGAUAAGUUCGAUUCCGUUUUCACUGUACAACUCCUAUUGAAAUAUGAGUCUUAGUGUCAAAUUCAAACAAUAAAUUGUAAUCAAAUAUUCAAUUAUAAUGUUACAUAUUUAUAUGUACAUAUUUUAUUUAACAAGUCAAAAAGGAUGCCGCAAAACUAUCUUUGUGUCCAUUGUGCGCGUUUGCAGCAGACAACUUUUGCUGCCCGAGGACGCCGACUUGCUCGUACCCCGGCAACACGUUUUUCGACAUUCGUUUUAGUUUUGAAAUACUUUGAGCUUUUGCAAUUGCGCUCAAUUCGAAUGAGUAUUUACUAUACAUACAUAUAUGUAACAAAAGUUUCACACCUUUAUAGAUUAUCAUUGCCUCCUUUGCCUGCUUUGAAAUUUCCCCAAAUUUAAUAGUAUGCUGGUGUUUGGAAUAUACAUACAUAUGUACUUAGGGUGCCGGCUUAGUGGAGCUUAAAGACGAACGAGCGCACAGCUAAUUUCGAUCAGUGCUGAUUUUAGCAGAGUAGAUGCAAAAUUCAACGUUGACUUCCGCACAUACUUUGCUAUUAUACUGUUUUGUUUUGCUUUGUUUCUUGUUUGUAAUAGCUUCUUUUAACCACAAAUGUUUCAGCUCGAAUAUAAUUUUAGUUAAAACUAGAAAUAUAAUUAAUUAAUUAAAGUUUUGUGCACAAAAAAUUAACCUCAGGUAUUUAAUAAAUUCCGAUGAAUUAGGGAAUUCCAUAAGUUUUCGCCUGAAAAUAAUAAGGAAAAUGUGAGAUCAACAUCCAAAUGAACUAUGCAUCACUCUAGUCGGUGCCGAAAGGCGAUCAAUUGCGGCUUUAGCUUUGGUCAGCGUCCACCAAGCGAGUGCCUAUGCAAUUUCGUAUGAAAAUAUACGUAUGUACAUAGUUUUGAAGCUUAUUUCUCGCUUCCUUCAGCUUUGCGCUCAGUUAGUCUUUGAACGUCAGAGUUGCUUGCACCCUUACAUAAAUUAACUGUUGUAUACACUUCAUAUAACUACAUGGAACACAUAGAGGACGGCAAGGGACAGGGAGCAUCUAUUAAAUAUUUAAAUUACCAAUAAAAUAUGAAUGUAUGUAUUGUUCAAAGCUCUAACAAGCUUACCAACAGAAGCAUAAAAUAACCUCUGAUAUACUUGUAUCAUGUGCAAUAACAAUUGGUCAUUUAAAACCAAGGAAUCGGUCUGUUAUUUUUUGCACAAAAAAUUUUAAUGAACAAAACACUUAAAUUUCAUUCAAGUGAACAAUUUUAGUACGUCAGCAGGGAAAUUGUGUACAUCAGCUGAAGCUAGCAUCAAGACGACAUUUGCAGACAAGAAAACAUCGCUGUCGUGCAGUCGUCUAAGUGUUCAAAGCAAUAUUUACACUGGAGCUGAUAUGAGCGGCGGCUGGAAUAUGAGAAUUAAAGAAAUAACUUAUGGAAUAGGUGCUUUGAAUUUCUCUUUAAAAUGUAAAUGUUCAGUCGCCAAAAUUUUAAUAUCUAUUAGCAUUUGUUUUGAAUGGUAUGAAAUGGAUGUCAUUAUCGAAUAACUAUGAAUGUUACGAUGGGUCUAAAUAGAGAUAUUCUCGCAAAUAAUAUAUGUUUUUGUACAUGUAUAUGUACAUUGCUCAUAAACAUAUUAUAAGUUAUAAUGGAAAUUCAGCACAUACAUACAUAUGCAUACAUACAUACAUACUCACUGACAUUGUAAAUGAAUCAACAUACAAGUACGACUAAUCCAAAGCAAAAGAACAAAAACUUCACUUGCGUAGAUAAAUAAAUCAUAUUUUAUUACAGUUAGAAAUAAACUGAAGAUAAUAUAUAAAAAAGAAAAUAAUAUUUAAACCAAAAACUGCCAAAAGUUUAGUUUUUUAGGUAAAGCCCUAUUAUAAGUACUUUAUUAAAAUAAAACAAAACGUAAAGAAACCGAAAGCCAAUAUUUAAAAUAGUAAAAUUUACUUGAUUUAAAUCUAAAGAAAUACUGUAUCUUCAACAAAUAAACACAAUAUUAGACUAAAACUACACACACACAAGAGCAAGCAAAACAAAAAGUAAAUGAUUAUUAAUACAACUUAGAGACACAUUAAAUCUAAAAUUAAAGGAGCAAUGUAACACACAACUACCGACUUUAAACUUCGGAAAUGCAGAAUUAUGGUUACUAAUGCGACUUUAUAUACCAACACAUACAUAUAUACAAUUGUUUUCGUAACAAUAGAUUCAGUAAUAACUAACGAAAAUGAAUAUAAACAAGCAAAAAAAGUCUUUAAUAAAACAUUAUUAGCAAUUAAUUGACAGAAAUUUGUGACCAACGAGGAUCAAUAUCGUAGGCACAUUUCUCGAGAAAUUAUCACACAUACAUACAUAUGUAAAUAAUUCAUAGUAUGUUUGCGAGCUGUCAACAAUGCAGAUUAUUCGGAAAAGCAAAUACACUCAGCCACAAUUAAACAAAUAACAAUGAGAUUUAUUGUUAUUAUGUGAACAAACAAAAUCGGUAUAAAAAAUAUAAGAACAGCAUUUUUAUUUAGUUUUAAUCAAUGAAGCGCACAGUAAAAGUAUAAAUAAGAAUUAUUGUAAAGGUAAAUGGUAAUAAGAUUAAUUUUAUAACAAAACACCGUCAAUCCAAAACUAUAAUUAAAAUAUAUAAAACAAUGUAUAAUAUACAUAUACAUAUAAGUAUAUAUGCAUAUAUACAUACAUAGGUGCAUAUGUUUAUAGAUGUAUGUAUAUAUAAAUAACAAAAGCAUAGUAAAUGCCAUAUAAAACUAUGUAUACACCUAUACAUAUUUGGAAAGUAAUACGUGUCGAGUAGUUAAAAAAAACAUGUUUGUAACUGCAUAAAUCGUAUAAAUUUGGUGGUGUAUUGGUAUUACUAUACCCAUAUGUUACUUAAAAUUGUGAACGAUCGUUAUUUGCUGCCGUUAUAUGUACCUAAGUAUGUAAAUUGAAUAUUCUUCACCGGAAAAAAUAUUUAUCGUUUCUGUAAUUGAAAAAUUGUAGUAUUUUUAUAUACUGUAUAUGGAUAAAUUGAAAGACCUCGGUUUGUCUCUUUAACAUCCUAAAUUCAAAGUGUGCAUGCAGUUAAAAACUUUUACAUCCGUUAAACAUCUUUGCACUUAUGUUCUUGUAACUCAAUUGACAGACCUUCAAACUUUUAUUUACAGAAUGUGUUUUCAAUAUUUUAAUACACAUGUGCUCUUUUAUCACUCUGAAAUCCCAUUCACAUGGGGAAAAAUUUGUUUUGUCAACCCGUAGCUUCAUAAGGAAUGGAGGCACAGGGAAAGAGAAAAAGUAGCGGGUUGCUUGUACUCGGGUCCACGCUCUGUGUUCUUCUCUGUAACAGAACUAAAUUAAAAUAUUUUGAGUGCCGAGUAAAUACAAGAAAAUUAUACAAAGCAAGUAAAAAGGGGCUAAGUUCGGGUGUAACCGAACUUUUUGUACUUUCGUAAUUCGCUAAGAUCAAAAGCGUUUCCUUGUUUUACUAAAUCGUCAAUGGAUUAUUAUUAACUUAUCUUACCUUUCACUUGUUUGUUUAGGUUGAAAUCAACAAAUGUACUAUAUUGAGUAUAUUUUGACUGCUUGUGUUAACGGUUAACAUUAAUUAAGUGUUUCCACGCAAUUUUAUUAAUAAUUCCUUGACCGCUUUCACACAUUUUCGGCAUUAAACUACAGUAUAUCUAUUGUUAUACGUUUACUAAACUUUCGUAAGAUAUCUUACAUACAUCAAGAUGCCGCUCCUUAAUGCGAUUCGUAGUACACAAUUUUUGUUUUGUAUCCUGUUGUGGAGCUUAGCUAUGGUAAAAUAGGUUUUCGACUAAUGACUUUUUGGGGGCGUGGCAAUGGUCCGAUUCCAUUCAUCUGGAAUACCAACUUUCUUAUGGGGCCAAGAAACUUGUGUGUAAAGUAUUAUUAAGAUAUCUCAAUUUACAGCUUACACAGACUGGUGGAUAUUUAACUCAAUAGGGGUAUUUUCUUGCUCUUGCAAAACCCUUGCACGGUGCACGAAUUGCAGAUAUUUUCUCUUGGUGCACCGGCACAACAACAAAUACACGCAGAAAAUUAUUUGCAAUGGCUGUAAAAUAUGUCAGACCAAAACCCAUGUUUAUUCCCGUGCAAUGACACGUAAAAAAAUAAUUGCAACCCUAUGGUAGCUGUCAUUUCCCUUAAAUAAAUAUUUUGACGUUAAAUGAGGAAGGUAAAUUUUAAAUAGAUUUUACAAUUUCUAUUUAAAUUAUAAAGAUUGGUUACAGUUUUUUUGUUAAGAAUGAAUGCAGAAAGUACGCCAAUUCACAAUAGCUAUGCACAAUAGUCAUUUACAAUAAAUUGACCGAAUCAGCCGUUCAUAUAUCACUAGAUUCUGCAAUGGGUGCUUUCGUGCUCUUGUAUAUUUCGGUAUAGGAUUUUUGCAAUCUGCAAUCUUGCAAGAGCCAGAGAAUUCCUCUAAUUAGUUUUAUGUCAUGCAAGCAACCGUUAGAUGAACAAAACUAGAUACAUGGUUUGUCCGGAAAGUAAUAGGACUGUACUUCGGAGCGUGCGCGCACCGACUGGAUUCGGUAGGGGGCGUUCCUAACUAGCUAGGUUCAGGACAAAAAUUUUCGUGCAACGUGUGUCUGUGAGUGGUGCAAGCCGAAAGUGCAGCGUUCGUUAGAGCAGAGGUACGCGAUUAAAUUCUGGAUGAAACUCGGUAAAUCGGCGAAAGAGUCAUUUGAUGUGGUCAUGCAUGCUUACCCAAAUGUUGCUUUAGCAAGACGUUGUGUGUUUCGGUGGCAUCAGGACUUUUUAGAGGGCCGGGAAGAGAUCGCUGAGGAAGACCGGAGGUAUGGGGAAAUCCAAAGUGAAAACGAGGACCAUUGUAUUUUUCGACAUUAAAGGAAUCGUCCAUGAAUUUAUUCUUCCUGGACAAACCGUCAAUGCCAAGUUUUAUGUGGAAGUCCUCAAGAGACUCAAACGAAGGUUCAAUCAGGUCCGAAAAGACAUCGGAGGCGAUUGGAAGUUGCACCACGACAAUGCUCCGGCUCACACCACCUGAGGCCCCGGACUUGUUUUUGUUUCCUUGGCUGAAAAGACCGAUGAAAGGGGUUCCAAGCAGCAUGCACCUCGGCUCUCUAGGCUAUUCCGGAGAAUGCCUUCCGUGACGCCUUCAAUGCUAGAAAAUCGAGUUGGCAGCGCUGCAUCGACGCAGGAGGAGCCUAUUUUGAAAGUUUUUGAAGAAUUGUAACGAUUGGUUCAAUAAAUUUUUUUAAAUCGACUCACUCCUAUUAUUUUCCAGACAAACCCUGUACUUUAUAUGUUGCGAGAGUGUAAUGGAAGGUGUGAAUGUAUUGAGUGGAAAAACUUUUACUUAUGUACAUACUACAUAUGACACUACCUACUGUUGAUGCCAACAUUCGUUUCCAAUGAUUCAAAGCGAUUUUCUAUGAAAACGAACAAAAAAUUGCCUAUAAACCAACAGUAUGAUAAACUAUGUAAAUGUAUUUUAAACUGACAGAUUACUUUAUGAAAGAAGUGAAUACGAAGAUAUUAUACACAUACAUACAUAUGUACAUGUGCCUAUAAAAAUAUGUCAAUGUUAGCUAAAAACUAAAUUUGUUUUACACUUUGCUAUAAUUUUGAUUACAUGCUUAUGAAAUCGGCUCAAAAUUUUCAAAUUUAUGAUGUUACAAAAUUUUUAACUUCGAAUUAUAAUUACAGAAAUAUACACAUUAUUGAACAGCCCAUAUUUUGUAUGUUUUAAUGACAGCACAUUUGUUAAAUUUAAAUUCCUCCCUGGCUGUAUACGAUACAUACCCAUCCAAUCGAUACAUGCACAGCUCAUUUCCAUUCGACCAUUAACAUUUUUAUUAAAAUUUUCUGUGGACGCUAUUGUUCAAGUGGCAAAAAUGGUAAAAAUGCAUGUGUACAUAUUGAUAUUUUUGAAUUACUUGUAGCUUCAUAAAUUAUUGACAAUAAAAGAUUAUCGCAUAUUGUAAAGAAGGUUCAGAGAUUAUAUAUUGAAUAUGUAUGUAUAGUAUAAACAAUAUUAAUUUUGCAGCUCGAAUGGUCAAAUCGUUAAUUAAAUUAGCUUCUAUUUGAAAUAAUGAAAAUCACAUUCGUACUUGUAUAUAAAUAUAUGUAUACCUAUGUAUGUAUGUAUAUGUUUAGCACCAGGAUCCUCUUUUGAUUGCUGGCUAAAUGCCAAAACAAAUCAAAAUGGUAGAUGUAGUUACUGUAAUAAUUAAUUAUCACAAUAAUUUAGUGAGUUUGUGUCAGAUAUUUAUUACGGUAUUCAAAGGAAUAAUAUAUCCUGGGAUAUAAUUUUUUAUAAUGUGUUGAAUGUAUUUAACAUUCAUCUAGAAUCUGUUGCUAUUCAGUAUACCAUACAGUUCUGUUGCGUUUUAUGUAUUUGGGUGUUUUCCUUAUUUAAGCAGACAGAUAUUCCAACUGAAUUUACAUCACAUUGAAAAUAUAUAGUUUUUCCAUACGCCUGCGUUUCCUAUACAAAAAUUACAUUAAUAAUUUUGUUUUAGGUUUAGAUGUAGUCGUUUUGUGAAUGUAUUCAGUAAUUACUUUUAAUAGUGCCCGAUGAUUUAUGUGUGUUGCUGUUUGUAUGUAUGUGCAAAGCUGUCGGAUUUUGUUGUAAUUUAAAAUUGACACCCAUUUUAAAUAAUUGAUAAUUUCCAUAAUAUUGACUUCUCGAUUUGACUCGAUCGCUAAAUCUGAAAGACAAACACAAACCAACAAUUCAAUACAAGCAGAAUGCAAUGCGAUGGAAGCGAGAAAUCGACUAGAAUAAACAACAACUUGUUACGAGAUACUUUUGUAUAACUUUUGAUAUAAUAUAGUUAACAUGAAUAGAUGCCUAAAUAAUAAAUUAAUAUUAAUUUAUUGUAUUAAAAUUAAAAAGUAAUGAUAAAAAAACGUCAAUGACAUGUAAUAAAGUUAAUAGUUGCAGAAAAAUCGAAAUUUUAGGUUAUUAGAUUUAAAUGUUUAGACGAAGACAUAAGGGAAGAGCUAGGGUAGAGAGUGGUUAGUCAUUAAAUAAAUAAAAAUGUCAACGAUUAGUUAAAUUACGAAUUGAAUUACUUUAAAUCAUAUAAAAAUAACCUUGCGUACAAAAAUUAAUACAAAAUAUAUAUAAAUAAUCAACGGAAUAGAGUUGCUUAAACGUGAUUAACUACGAUUGGACCGACUACUACAUACGUACCUAUAUGUACGAGUAAUAAAAUAAAUUUGGGUGAAUGAGGUGGUAGCACGAAGAAUGCUAAACGAAGGAAUGAGGCGUUUUGAAAGCAACCGUCAAGUUGCACUUUUGAUAACACACAAAAUAAUAAUUUUUUUUGUUUUAUAUUUCAGUCAGCAUACACUGCAGGCAAUGUUAUUAUAUUAUAGUUAUUAUAAUUAUUUCCACUUAAACUUAAUUAAAUUAAGUUAGUUCAAUAACGAAAAACACAGUCACAGUCACAUUUACAUAUACAUACACACACACAUAUACGCACGGAACAAAUUAAACACAAACACAUUAUCAGAGAGCGGAAACGAUCAGUAAAUUAAAUAACUGAUAUUGAAAUUGAAUACAUAUGUACAUUUGUAUAUCAGAAAUUGAAUCGAUAAUUACAAUGCAAAAAACGUAAAUUUCCUUGAAGUAAACACGAUUUAGGCAAUUAAACUUAAUGUAAAAUUCAAUUUUAUAUCCUAAACACAGACAGGUCAACUGUUGUAGGUCGAAUAAAUUAAAAGAAAAA